AGGGGCGGGGAGGGAGCGGGCGGGGGCGGGGGGAGGCCAUGCCUCCAGCUGCGGAGGCUGCCGCACAGCUGGAGCCAUCGCGGUGCCCAGCGCCGCGCCGUCGCCCUUACGCUCCGGCUGGCCGGCCCGCGGCCGGAGCCCUUGGCUGAGGGCGCCCGGCGUAGGCUGCGGCGGGUGUGGGCCGGCCGGUAUUUAUAGCUCGGCGACAGCCGCGGUGGCAGCGACGCCGCCGGCCAGUCUCGCCGCGCUUCCCAGCGAGGCCGCCGGCGCGGCGGAGGGCUGCGCUCGACCUCGUCGGCCGCCUGCAGACGCCCCGAGCCCGCCGGCCCCUUCGGGUAAACUACGGAACUGAAGUUUUGAAGGAUGGGUAAAGACUUUCGCUAUUAUUUCCAGCAUCCCUGGUCUCGCAUGAUCGUGGCUUACUUGGUGAUCUUCUUUAACUUCUUAAUAUUUGCGGAGGACCCAGUUUCUCAUAGCCAAACAGAAGCCAACGUCAUUGUUGUUGGAAACUGUUUUUCAUUUGUAACAAAUAAAUACCCUAGAGGAGUUGGCUGGAGGCUUCUGAAGGUGCUUCUAUGGCUACUUGCCAUUCUCAUAGGACUAAUAGCUGGGAAAUUUCUGUUCCAUCAGCGUUUGUUUGGUCAAUUGCUCCGGUUAAAGAUGUUUCGAGAGGAUCAUGGGUCAUGGAUGACAAUGUUCUUCAGCACAAUUCUCUUUCUCUUCAUAUUUUCUCACAUAUACAACACGAUUCUUCUAAUGGAUGGGAACAUGGGAGCAUAUAUCAUUACAGACUAUAUGGGCAUCCGAAAUGAAAGUUUCAUGAAAUUAGCUGCGGUAGGGACCUGGAUGGGGGACUUUGUCACAGCUUGGAUGGUCACUGAUAUGAUGCUUCAGGACAAACCUUAUCCUGAUUGGGGAAAAUCUGCAAGAGCUUUCUGGAAGAAAGGAAAUGUUAGGAUCAUUUUAUUCUGGACAGUUCUUUUUACUCUGACUUCUGUGGUUGUGCUUGUCAUUACAACUGACUGGAUCAGUUGGGACAAGCUGAAUCGGGGAUUUUUGCCCAGUGAUGAAGUUUCCAGAGCAUUCCUGGCUUCUUUCAUCUUGGUCUUUGACCUCCUUAUUGUAAUGCAGGACUGGGAAUUCCCACAUUUCAUGGGAGAUGUUGAUGUAAAUCUCCCUGGGUUGCACACCCCUCACAUGCAGUUCAAGAUUCCUUUCUUCCAGAAGAUCUUCAAAGAAGAAUAUCAUAUUCACAUAACAGGUGUAUGAUUUCUGGCAAAUCAGUUCCCAGAGAUUGUUUUUUAAAGAGCUCUCCACUGUCAAUCAGAUCAUGGGAAGCGCUGGGAAGCACAGGCCAGUGGUCCAUCCAGCAGAAUAUUCUGACAAAAUUAGCAAGGGACUUGUUAUAGGGAAAUGUGAUGCAUCCUGUUCACCAUGACAGUCCCCCAAGAUUGUAAAUUUAUCCAAAGAACACAAGAACCUCUUGCUAUUCUCUCAGUUGUGAAUUUCUCUAAGCCUUUCCUGCAGCAAUUUCAUUUUCAACACCUUUGCACUGCUCCGAGCGUUAACUAUGUUUACGUCUACAUAAAGCAGCAGCUCCUUUUAUUUGUCUAAAACUCAGUCUCCUUCAAGGCCAUGGUUGCCCUGCCCAUAGCCUGUCAGUCCUUGCUGCCCCUGAGCUGACCUGCCGUGCCCAAAGCGAGGCAUCCUGUCUUCAUUUAUGCAUAUUUGAGGAUUUUUUGUAGUAGAACUCACAUGCUCUUCAGGAAUUGUCUUCUUGGUCAGAGGAAGAGCUUGUUAUAUAUAAUUAAUCAUCAUCUUUGAGACAUGAAUAUUUUGCUUUUCCCAGUUUCCUAGAUUUAUCUGAUUUUAGCUGUAUCCUGGAAUUUACCAGAUCAUGGCGACAUAUAUAUUUAAUUUAAAAGACCAGAACUUCACUCAUUGUAUUUUUCUGGACACUGUCUCAGAGUUUACCUGUUGACUAACAUACAUUUUCUGAAUUAAUAUCUAAAACUAAGCUAGGAUCUAGGGAAUACAGAAAUGAACAGGUCACAGUGCCCAACCUCAAGCAAGUCAGAGUCUAAUCGUCAUCAAAUUCAGUACAACUGCAUAGCUUUUCUUUUCUUUCUCUUUUGAUCAUUACAAGUUGCUACCUCUACUCGUCUUAUUGGAUUAUGUCCUAAAGGAAUAGUCUCACACUUAGGAAGAAACAAUGAUAAGAGAGGCACUUUGAGAAGCUAUAUUCAUUUGCUUUUAAGUCUUAAGAAGAUACCUUACUAUCUCAAAUAACUCUUAUUAAUUCAUAAAUUAUUUAGUAAAUAUCUUCAAUUUGCUAAAUGGUCUCUCAUGGCCUAAGCACUUAAUGUGGCUUCUAGAUAUCCCUAAAUUACCUACGGAGAGCCUUGAAGAGAUGCUAACUCACCUGCCCUGUUUUCUCUGCUCAUCUCUGAAAUGAAAAGACAUUGAAUAUGGCCAAGAAGGCUGUUACAGCAAACUGUUACUUCUUUAAUUAUCCAAAACUCAUCUCCUUCAAGACCAUGGUUUCUUGCUGUCCCAUAAUGGAUACUAAGUGGUUUUGUAGAGCGUGACUAUUUCGUGUGUCUGCACUGGAUGCCAGAGUCUGGCUGAGUGGUGGCAUUCACUUGGUAUAGAGGUGCCCACACACAGAACAGCUCAACCUCAAUGCUAACUGGCAACUCUACUGAGUAAAAGAUUCUUAAAAAUAUUAUAAUUGCAUAUUUGAAUCAUGAAAGGUUCAUUAUGUGGUGGAAAUAUCAGCACUUAAUGGUCUUUUUCCUUGGUUGAAAAAAGAACACUUUCCCCCAAAUUGUUGUCCUUUCCCAUGCUAAGCGAGGGUGCUAUUUAAUGAAGACUACUUUUAAAACUAUCUAGCCCAGGAUUCUAUAAACUCCCACAAAGUAAAAAGAUAAAAUUAACAUUAUAAUAUCAUUUUUGACAAUCACUAAGAUUCAUUAAAAGUGCAAAAUACAAGAAAGAGGUAAUCCCACCAACACCACGCAGUGAUUUCUCAUUAAAGGAGACAGUUAGAUAUUUCAACAGGGAGAUUAAUAGAAAUAAUGUAUGGAUUCUUACCCCACCUUCUUGCUGAUUUACAUUAUGCUGUGUAGUUGAAACAACAGGGGGAAAUGCAAAAUUUCUCAUAUGAUUAAUGCUGAAAUACCAAACCUCUUGUUAUGGUUGAUUGUACAUUCACAACAACACACUUGGGAAAAUGGCAUUAGAAACACUUUCCAUGCUUUUCUUUUUUGUGUUUUCUAUCUUUUCCGUGUGGGUCAUUUCAGGGACUCAGAUUUAUUUUUUAUGGUAAACAGUGUUUCUCAGAAUAGACAAUCCUUUUUUCCUAAGGAAAGCUUUCUCCAUCUGGAAAUUGUGUAUUCCAUCUUUUUUGCUCUAAUGAUGAGAUUUCCUGGUCCAUCAUACAACAUUAAGGUUUAAGUGACGUUUAUUUCACAAACCCAUCAAAGAGACUUUUAGAACUUGGAAGAAACCUUAAGGAUUAUAUAUGUCAACUCCCUCACUUUGUGGACAAUGACACUGAGGUUGAGUUGUCCAGCCUGAUUUUGCUUUCUGGUUUGCCACACCUCAUAGGGCAAAAGUAAUUUUUUAAAGAGGAGAAAGCAUUACCAAGGUAACAAAACAGUGGUGUGAUAAAAUGGAAGGAUGGAUCACAGAGAAAGAUGAACAUCCUUCCUCUGUACCAGUGGAUAAGUGGACCAGAGGCUGUCAGGUGGGCCAGAAACAAACAAAAGGUAAGAGGAGCCAUUUCUUCCACAU